AGCUUGUCUAUCAACCAUCAUGAUUUCAUUAAUUGAAUCACUUGAUUGGUCUAUUAGGAUGCAUUAUCGAGCUAGAAUUACAUCGCGAUUCCUCUGCUUAAUACAGGGACAAUAGAGGUUUCUAAUCUUUAAGAUCUACACAUAAACCCACAUUUUAGCACUUUUAAUCCAUAAGUAUUCUUUGGCUACUCCUUUACUCCUUAGAUAGCAUGGCAAUGAAACGAUAUCGAAGCCCCGAACUAGUCCAAAAUCCAUUCAUAAAAAAGAGGAAUCUAGAAUGGAGUAUAGAUACUUCGGGAUCACCACACGAUACUGAAGAGGGUACCGAAUCUGAUGAGCCGCAAGAUGAAGGUCCUGCUUCGAAAGAUGAUCCAAGGGCACCAGCGAUAGAGGCGGGUGAAAUCAAGAUCAAUGACCAUCUAAACUACUUUAGCGACCGCCUAUCGAAAGCAGUACUUUCACCUUUCCCACAAGACAUGCCUAGGCUUCUCAUAGGAGAUUACCGCAAGCUCUACGAGACAAACUAUGGUAAUCCAAGGGGCUCACAUUUCAUCAUCCAUCAGCACGAUCAUCCCAUAGCAGGCACACAUUACGACCUUAGACUCCAGAUCAAUGAAACAAGUAGCGCAUCAUGGGCCAUCAUGUACGGACUCCCAGGUGAUCCCAACAGUCAGCGUCUAAACCGAAAUGCAACAGAAACACGAAUUCACUGUUUAUGGAACCACCUAAUAGAAACCGCCUCAAACUCAACCGGGUCCCUACUUAUAUGGGACACCGGGACAUACUCGAUUCUUCCAAAUCGAGAAAACAGAAAGGCUGGAGCUGAUUUGAACUCACAGUCGGAGGAGGAAGAAGAAGAACCGGAACUUACGGAACAGGAAAAACUCCAUAACGCCUUCCAGAGGCGUAAAAUACGCAUCCGGUUGGACGGAACACGGUUACCAGAUAACUAUGUGUUAAACCUACGUCUAACGAAAGACGAAGAUGCCGCGGGACGAGCUAAAAGCGGGCGCGUGCCUGUGCGACGGCGGAAGAGAGGCAACAAUUCUGCCCCCAAACCUAAACGUGGGGAAAACGUCGAGCCUGUAGUGAGCUCAACCUCCGACGAGGAUUCAGAGACUGUAAACGUGCCAGCGGAAACAAUAGAACAGUCCAAGAUCUCAGCCAUGGAACGCGAGAUCCGGGAACUGGAAGACGAACAAGUGCGCCACACAAACGCAUACGUAGGCGCGAGCAACACAAUUGGAAGUGUGCACAAGCGACGGUGGUAUUUGUCGCUUGACAGGGAGGCAUGUGGGUUUGCUAAAUCGCGGGUUGGUGGGAGGAGUAUGUGGGAGCGGGUUAAACGUGCCUUUGACGAGGCAAAAGAUGAGAUUGAGGAUGAGGUGGCGAGUGGGAAAAAUAGACUUACGUUCCCGUUCUACGUCCGUGGGGUGGAUGUCGAGAGGAGUGUUGUUACCGGGAGGACCGGCGCCGAGGUUUUGAGCGAUGAAGGGGUUGUGGGAUAUGUUGGCCGGAAGGGGUGGAGGCCUGUUUUGAAGUGAAUAUUAAGUGAUUGAUAUAAAAGAGAUACGACAA